GCCCGUAGUACAUUCUUCCUGACACGCGCAAUGGAAGCAGAGCCAUUUUGUUCGGAGGUAGACGUGGCGGCCGGAUUGCUCGGCAAUCAGCAGCUACGACAUGAUUCUCUCUGCUGCGCUACCACUGGUACUAGUGGCAUUAUGUUCACAUUCCGUGUCCUCAGAAGUCACGCAGUCGACAAGUACUUACUUGUCCACGGCUAAUAGAGUGCGUUUAAAGAACAUCCUCAAUUCAGGAUUUCAAUUGGACGAUGUACCAUCGGUGUACUAUGCAGUCAGCGGAUACAAGCUGCUCGGAGAGCCUGUAUCGAAAGAAGCAAACACCGUCUGCAAGUACUUGGUCAAAUCCAAUGGAGAAAACAUCACGCCCGAGACGGCAUUUUAUCUUGCCUCCACGUGGAAAGCUAUUGGAGGCUGCCAAGAGUUUUCUACUAGUUCCGUGACAAAGGUAUUGACAAAUGUUAUACAGAAGGAUACCUCUACACUUUCUGAUUUGUAUUAUGCAGUAAGUGGUUUAACGGCUUUGUCACAAGAGAUACCUUCUGCCAGAAUCGAUAAGUUGGUGAAAUUAAUUCAAGCAGCUUUAAGGAAAGACGACAGCCUAUGGAACUUGGGAUACGUGUUCCACAUUGCUGCAGAUAUAGGCACACCAGCUGCAUUUGCUUUCGAUCGUAUCGAAGACGCUGUAGUACAGGCGGAUGAAGUGGAUGGCCAGUACCUGCAAUUUGAAGGCGGUCUUUCUAUAACAAGUUUCCUUGUUAACGGUAUCUUUAAACUGUCAACUUCGUUAAAAAAGAAGCCACCGUUGAAUUUCCAACAGACUGUGAAAUUCGGUAAUUAUCUUCUCUCGCGGCGUUCCGUGCAAACGACAAAGGGUGUUACAAAUUUGCUGUCUGCCUUAACUGCCUUGGCGGUUGACAGUCCUGAAAAGCCCGUUUGCAUAGCUCUAAUCGAUGAAGGGAUCAUUAUAUCUAAUAAGCAACCGUUAGUCACGGUUAAAGUUUGCGACAUUCUUGGCCAAGCGUUACCAACUGUGCCAAAAGUUGUUGCAAAGUCCGCCACACGAGUCGGAGACGAUGUCGUUAUUCUUAGCAACGAAAAUUUGCAGCCGUCUACAACAGACAAAACUCUGUUCACGAUGAAUCUUAUGAAUGUGAAACCUGAUCGCGGUUUUUACAAGAUAUUAGUAACCGCAGCUUCGGUCACUAAUACGAUUACAGUGAAGGUCUUGUCUGAAGCAAUCCUCGACUAUCUGGAGAUCGGCACUGGCGAUGCCGAUCAAACCACUCAACCAAAACUUACGAGAAUAAACACAGAAUCUCCCUCGGGCAAACUUGACCAUAAAAUAGAAGCUGAUUCUCAGCAAAAGCUAGUCAUGCGAUUUUUGUUACGUGAUUCCGCCAGUAAGAAACCGAUGCGCGUGCAUCAAGCCUUUGUGCGCCUUAUAUCCGUUUCCACAUCUACCGACGAUAAGCGAGGCCAUGAAAUAUUUUUCGUCGCUGAGCCCGAUGCCGCUCACGUUUAUAAGUUUGACAUGCCGGUCGGAACAGCAGCUGCAAAUUUCGGUCACCAGAGUGGAGAAUAUAAUAUGGAGUUGAUUGUUGGUGACGCUGUGAUUAGCAAUCCGUUCCGAUUCAAUAUUGGCACGGUAACUCUGAAAUUUCCCGAUCCGACGUCAACGGAAGGUGUCGAUAAGAGCGCCUCUUAUAAACAAAAACCAAAUGUGUAUACAACCAAACCGGAAAUAAAGCACAUGUUCCGCGAGCCUGAACGCAGACCUCCAGCAUUCGUAUCAAAUUUAUUCACGGGCUUGUGCUUGGCACCGGUUCUGCUGUUGUUAAUUUUGUGGAUUCGACUUGGCGUCAAUAUCUCGAAUUUCCCUUUGUCUCUCAGCGCGAUUAUAUUCCACCUUGGAUUAGGAGGUAUCUUUGUGCUGUUCGGAAUUUUCUGGUUGAAGCUCAAUAUGUUCGUCACGCUGCGAUAUCUUCUUGGCUUUGGUGUAGUUACAUUCCUCGCUGGUAACAAAAUGCUAUCUCAGAUAGCAAACAGGCACAAAUCGCUACGUUAACUCAUUCUCCGUUUUGUGACAACUCUGAGUCGAGUUGCACUUGCAAUACAAAGAGCAUAAUAAAUUGAAGAUUACCAUCAAUAAAGUUCGAAGUGGCUACUCAACUUGUUAACGUGACAGAAACAUUGUAUCGUGCUGUUUUCUCACUUGUCACAAAUGUAUAUAAAUCACGAAACAUUUAUUUCAUUUACUUUGUUUAUUAUAUGCAUCUCUUUAUCAUCAUCUAUGGCCUGAAUUGUUUAAUAAUAAUUAACAUACGUACGAAAUUUGGACGAAGCGAGGUACCCUUAUCGUAGUUUGUCAGAUUUAACAUACGUAUGCGCGCGUGCAUAUAAAACGUAAUAUAAAAAUUCAUUUAUUUUCACGUCUGGUAUUGCAAUUUUACAAGGCAUCUGUAUAUUUUUUAUUUUAUUUGGAAUACUUUCAACUCAAAGUUACGUGCCACAUAUACAUCUAGACUUUUCACUUAGUAAUAUAUAAAAGGAUAUUAAAUUUUUUUUCCAGUCUUUACGAUAAAGUCAUACAGAAUUUUAAGUAUUCAAAGUUCUUCCUUCCUAGUCAGUUCCAACUUGCCCUUUGCAAAGCUUGCGUAAUACCGUAUGUUUUUAGUGGUUGAAUUGAUUAAGCUUCAACCUUCAACCUUCACGGAAAUAUGCUCCGUCCAAAUAUUCGUACGUCCACGAUAAUUGAAUACAGUUUGUUUGAUAUUAGUGUUAAUGAUUACAGAUAUCGAUAAAUUGGAAUUAUAAUCCCACAUUAAAGCAAAUCUAGGCUAUAAAAUUUGAUAUUGACAUUAAACUUUACUUGUUUAAUGUUACAUUUUAUACAAAUAGCGAUGAAACAUCAUAGCAUAUAAUGCUGACAAGAGUAAGUAAAAUAAAAAACGCCGAAGUCCGGUAUUUAUAGAACAAUGAUGUUACAGUUUUAGUUACAUAUAAAAUUUUAAAUAUAAUGAAAACUAUACUUAAAAA